AUGACGGAGACGCAAGAUGAGAAGGGCGCCCACGGGGACGCCUCUUCGAAGCGAGAUGGCGCCAGCGUGGAGAUUGCCACGCGCGAGGUCAGGACGAGGAUCGAGCACGAGACGGGGUUCUGGAAGGCGGCGAGGCAGUACCCGGCCGCGACGUUCUGGUCGGCCUUCUUCUGCAUCGCCGUCAUCAUGGCCGGCUUCGACGCGCAGAUCAUCACCUCCUUCUACGCCCUGCCCGCCUUCCAGCGCAAGUACGGCGAGCUGGUCUCGCGCGACGGCGGCGCCGACUCGUACGAGAUCCCGGCCCAGUGGCAGACCGGGCUGGGCAUGGGCAACCCCAUCGGCCAGAUCCUCGGCGCCAUCGCGAGCGGCUGGUUCAUGGAGCGCUGGGGCCGCCGCCUGCCCCUCGCCGUGUGCUGCGUCUACUCCAUCAUCUUCGUCUUCGUGCAGUUCUUCUCCACCUCCAUCGGCAUGCUGUGCGCCGGCGAGGUCCUCGGCGGCCUGGCCUACGGCUUCUACGUCGUCAUCGCCCCGACCUACGCCUCCGAGAUCUGCCCGCUCGCCCUGCGUGGCGUGCUGACCGCGUCUGUGAACCUGGCCUUUGUCAUCGGCCAGUUCAUCGGGCAGGGCUGUGCGGCUGGUGUCGAGACGCGCCUGGACGAGUGGGCCUACAGGAUCCCCUUUGCAGUACAAUGGGUCUGGCCUGCUGUCAUCCUCGUGGCGCUUCCCUUCGCCCCCGAGUCUCCGUACUGGCUUAUUCGCCAGGGCAGGAAGGAAGACGCCCGCAAGUCUCUGUUGCGGCUGUCGUCGGCCAAGAACCGCCCUGAUAUCGACCAGAUGUUGAUUGGAAUCGAGCAGACUGAUCUGCUCGAGCAGGAGAUGGAGUCCUCGACGAGUUAUAUCGACUGUUUCAGGGGCAGCAACCUCCCGCGGACCGAGAUCUCCAUCAUGGUGUACCUGAUCCAGGUCAUUGGCGGCAACCCUCUCAUUGGGUAUGCCAAUUACUUUUUUGAACAAGCCGGUCUUGACAGUUCAGACGCGUUCGCCAUGGGCGUGGGCAACACGGCCAUGGGCUUCGUGGGGACAAUCAUUUCUUGGCCGUUGAUGUCUUAUGUAUUGACUAACACUUUUGAAGUUGUCAUCAUGACCGUUUUACUCUUCAUAAUCGGCUUCCUCAGCAUCCCCGUCAACAAUAACGGAGCUACAUGGGCCAUGGCCACAAUGAUGGAUGUGUGGACCUUCACCUACCAGAUGACCGUUGGUCCCAUCUGCUUCGUCAUCAUCUCAGAAAUCUCGGCAACCAGGCUGAGGACCAAGACGAUCGCGAUAGGGACGGCCGUGCAGGCAGCGGCAUCCAUCAUCUUCACCAUCGCGGUGCCCUACAUGCUCAACAGCGACGAGGGCAACUGGGGAGGCAAGGCCGGGUUCCUGUUUGGUGGCAUCAGCUUUGUCUGCUUCCUCUGGUGCUUCUUCAGGCUGCCGGAAAGCCGUGGCAGGACGUACGAGGAGCUGGACAUGUUGUUCCAGAGAGGUGUUCCGGCCCGGCAGUUCAAGACGCACGACAUUGUCAUGGAGGCUGCGGAAGGCAAGCAGCAUGAUGAUCAGGCAUAG